AAUAAAAUCCGCGAGCGAUAGAAAAGUUUUGUGUGCAGUUUAGAAACUCCAUCAAGAAAUAUAUACUAAUAGAUAGAUUUGCAAAUGUUUGCACGGGACGCAGACCCUCUUAUAUAUCCGAUUCUUUCUUUCGUGGUUGAUUUUAAUGCCCCUUGCCCACUUAGGGUUCCCAAUCUUGACAUCUCCUUUAUCUUUUGCUUUGAUUUUGGUUAAUUUGAAGCGAUUUGUAAUUACCACUAGCUGUUCUUUCUCUCAACCUCAGCAGGGCCUCUCCCAAUUACAUCUGGUCAGUGUAUUGAAGAUGGUGUGUGAUAGAUAGAGUGAGACCACCUCCCUCCCAUAUAUGCGUGUUGUGUUUCGUAAAUUGGAUCUCAGAAGCCUCCUGUUGUUACUCAUCGAUGGCUGCUACUAUUCCGGGAGCUCCUAGACACAAUUGUGCUCUUCUUGCCGUCUUGAGUCAAAUUACUGAUGAUAUUAAGCCUAAUGUUAAUGAACAUCCCGCCUUUCCCUUUCCCAGCCUCGUUUCGUCCGGACGCCUAGAGGUUCAAACUCUCAACGGUCCUACUACCGAUGACUUCUGCAAAUCCGUUGAUUCAUUUUACCCCAAUUUUAUUUACUUGCAAGGACAACAGCUCCCAAACAAACAAAUUGGAUCUCUGCUGUUUGGAGGUGUUGAUAUCUCCACACCAGAAGACAUAUCCCAGCUCUUUAAUGUUUCAAAGUUGCCCACCACUGUUUAUUUGGAAGUUCCAAAUGGAGAAAAUUUGGCAGAGGCACUUCAUUCUAAAGGAAUACCUUACGUUAUAUACUGGAAGAAUACAUUUUCACAUUAUGCUGCCUGCCAUUUUCGUCAGGCAUUGUUCUCUGUGGUACAAAGUUCAUCAAGCCAUACAUGGGACGCUUUCCAUCUUGCACAUGCAUCAUUCAGUCUGUACUGUGUAAGAAACAACCUUGUUCUCCCUGAUAACAGCCAAGAAAGUAAUGAUAACCUAGGUCCUCACCUUAUUGGUGAACCUCCAAAGAUCGAUGUUGCUCCAGUUGAGAUGGUUGAAGGGGAUGACGAAGAUGGUUCUUCUGGUGUUCUUCCUGCAAUAAAGAUAUAUGAUGAUGAGGUGAAUAUAAGGUUUCUUAUUUGUGGCAUGACAUGCUCCCUGGAUGAAAGCUUAUUAGGAUCUUUGGCAGAUGGCCUGAAUGCUCUUUUGAGUAUUGAAAUGCGGGGGAGUAAGCUUCACAAUCGUGUUAGUGCGCUUCCACCACCUCUCCAGGCAGGAACAUUUUCUCGUGGUGUUGUGACCAUGCGUUGUGAUUUGUCAACCUCUAGUGCUGCCCAUAUAUCCCUUUUGGUGUCGGGUAGUGCACAAACAUGUUUUGAUGAUCAGCUGCUGGAGAACCACAUUAAGAGUGAACUUAUUGAAAAAAAUCAGUUAGUUCAUGCUCUGCCAGUUACUGAGGAAAACUCUCAAUCUUUAUCUGAACCUCGGACUUCUGCUGCGGUAGCUUGUGGGCGAUCAGUAUUUGAAGUUGGCAUGAAGGUUCCUACUUGGGCUUUACAGGUUUUAAGGCAGUUGGCACCAGAAACUUCUUAUCGGUGCUUAGUUGCACUUGGCAUUGCAGGUGUUCAGGGGUUGGCUGUUUCUUCAUUCGAGGAAGAUGACGCUGAACGGAUCCUUUUCUUCUGUAGAAAGCAGGGAAGAGAUGAUUUUGCAAAAAGAAUGAAUAUAACUAGUCCUCCUAUAUGGUUUAGACCACCUGCUCCAAGUAGAAAGAGAUCUCUAAUGUCUAUAGAAGGCUCACGGGAUGGUUUCUAUUCCGGAAGUCAAGCUGCCCAGGAACAAGAAGAUCAAAAGGAUAAAGAAACUGGAUUAUCCAAUGGGAUUACUACUCCUUUAGUACCUGUUAGGAAUAAAUUGAAAGUGGCUGCAAUGAGGCCCAUUCCUCACAUCCGUCACCAAAAAAUGUUACCCUUUGCUGGACUUUCUGAGACAAAUGGACAUGAGGGUGGUCAGGUGAAGGCUAACAUGCCAGCUAUGCCAUCCACAAAGCACAGCAUGGUUGGAGCAAAUUCUACUAGCCAUCGCAAAUCAUUAUCAAGUUCAUAUCAGGCAAAACAGAUUAUUUCCUUGAAUCCCCUUCCCUUGAAAAAGCAUGGUUGUGAGAGGAGCCCCAUACACGUUUGCUCAGAGGAGGAGUUUCUCAAGGAUGUUAUGCAGUUUCUGAUCCUUCGGGGACACACUCGUCUCAUACCUCAAGGUGGUAUUGCAGAAUUCCCAGAUGCUAUACUGAAUGCAAAACGGCUUGAUCUCUUCAACUUGUACAGAGAGGUAGUUUCAAGGGGCGGGUUUCAUGUUGGCAAUGGUAUUAAUUGGAAAGGGCAGGUUUUCUCCAAGAUGAGCAAUCAUACAGUAACCAAUCGCAUGACGGGUGUCGGAAACACGCUUAAAAGGCACUAUGAAACUUACCUUCUGGAAUAUGAAUUGGCGCAUGAUGAUGUUGACGGAGAGUGCUGCUUGCUUUGCCACAGUAGCGCUGCUGGGGAUUGGGUGAACUGUGGCAUAUGUGGUGAGUGGGCUCAUUUUGGAUGCGAUAGAAGGCAAGGUCUUGGUGCCUUCAAGGAUUAUGCCAAAACAGAUGGUCUUGAAUACAUUUGUCCACAGUGCAGCAUUUCAAAUUUUAAGAAGAAACUGCAGAAAACCACAAAUGGCUACUCUUGAGCCAUCAUUCUGACCCGUCUAUUUUUGGCGACCAGAUUUUCUUUUCCUCUGUUACGGGGCAGCGGUUUUGGGCAUCUGUCAUAGUAGGAAUGUCCAGCGUUUAUUGUCAAGUUGCUUGGCUGUUUCAUAUCAAAGGGUACUUGCAACUUAAUAGGAAACAAGUUCCUGAGAGCAGCAACUGGAAUAAAAAGGGUUGUGUGUUAUAAUAUUUGAGUGAUUAUGUAAUUUACUAGAUUUUGGUAUAUUAAACAUACUUUGUUUAACAAAGUGCUAAUUGUUUUCAAAUUCUAUAUAAUGUAAUCUAUUAAACCA